AUGGCACGUAUAAAUACCUUCGCCAAUGGAAUAUGGAGUUUAGUUAAAAUCGAAUUAAUCAAAGGCAUGAAGUUCCGUUUCCUGGCACUUUUCAUUUGUGUGUGUGCGUUUGCAUUCCUAGUGGGAGGAGCACCCACUAGGCUGCCUGAUGAGGACGAGGGUGGAGGUGGUGUAGAUGCUGGCAAUGAAAUUGCAGGCGCCGACAAAGGCGCAGAAGAACCACAAGACAGUGUUGAUGACGGUGUAACAAGCGAAAGUGAAACGGACACUGAAGCAGUAAAAGAAACUGCACCGGCGGAAACUGCGGCAGAAGCUGGUGAAGUAACUGCAGAAGAAUCAACAGGUGCAGACACACCAAGUGAAGAAACUCCUGCUGAUGAAGAUACCCCUAUAGCGGAGACUGGAGAAGAGAGUGCUGGUGAGGAACCAAAUGGUGAAGAAACUCCAGCAGAAGUGGCAAGUGAAGAAACUACUGGUGAGAAAGUCGUAGAUGAAGAAACUCCUGCAGAAGAAACCAAUGAAGAGAAUGCUGCUAACGGAACUCUUUCAGAUAAAACCGCGGGUGAGGAAGCAGCUGGCGAAGAAAUUCCUGCUGGUGAGGAGCCCGCUGGUGAAGAAACUCCUGCAGAAGUGACUGGUGAGGAAAACCUUGGUGAGGAAGCCGCUGGUGAGAAAGGUGCUGCAGAAGAGGUUGGCGAAGAAAGCGGUGUUGAAGAAAUUGCUUCAGAAGCGACUGUUGGUGAGGAAACAAGUGGUAAAGAAACUCCUGCUGGUGAGGAAGCAGCCGGUGAAGAAACUACAGCAGAAGAGACUGGUGAAGAAGCCUCUGGAGCGGAAGUCGCUGGUGAAGAAACUCCUGCAGAAGAAACAGGUGAAGAAGGUGCUUCGGAAAAUACCCCUUCAGAAGAGACUGCGGAUGAGGAAGCAGCUGGCGAAGAAAUUCCUACUGGUGAAGAAACUCCUGCAGAAGAAGCAGGUACAGCUGAAGAAACUCCUGCAGAAGUGACUGGUGAUGAAAAUGUUGGUGAAGAAGCAACUGGUAAAGAAGGUGCUGCUGAAGAAACUCCUGCUGAAGAGAGUGGUGAAGAAACUCCCGCAGAAGAGACUGGUGAAGAAGUCUCUGGUGAGGAAGUCGCUGGGGAAGAUACCACUGCAGAAGAAACAAGUGAAGAAAGUGCUUCAGAAAAAACUCCUUCAGAGGAGACUGCUGGUGGGGAAGCAGCUGGCGACGAAAUUCCUGCUGGUGAGGAGACCGCUGGUGAAGAAACUCCUGCAGAAGUGACUGGUGAGGAAAACGUUGGUGAGGAAGUAGCUGGAGAAGAAGAAGCUUCUGAAGAAACUCCUGCAGAAGGGACUGCUGGUGAGGAAGCAGCUGGCGAAGAAAUUCCUGCUGGUGAGGAGCCCGCUGGAAGUCGCUGA